CUUUUAAUUCUUUUAGGAAUUUAAGUUCUCAUAAUUUUUCAGUACAUCUUCUUCAACUUUCAAAGUUAAUAUAAUGGCAGCAAUGGAGUUGGGCGAUACCGUUAGUCUGAAGCUCCUCAUCGAUGUGAAGCGUCAAAAGGUUCUCUUUGCUGAAGCCGGUAAGAAUUUUGUGGAUUUUCUUUUCACUCUUCUCUCUUUGCCUAUUGGUACUGUCAUUAGGCUUCUCUCCAAGGGUGGGAUGGUUGGUAGCUUUGGUAAACUGUAUGAGAGUAUUGAAAAUCUUGAUUAUACAUAUAUCCAACCCACACUAAACAAGGAUAUCCUGCUCAAACCCAAGGCACCAGUUGAUGGACCUAAUAUCCUCAAGUUGACGAACAAUGUUGAAUCAAGUGCUCGAAAGGAGCUCUAUUUGUGUAGUUAUCCAAAUAAUUACUCUAAAUCCCACCCGUACGUGACUGAAAACCCCAAUGAAAAAUGUCCAUCGUGUUCAUUCCCCAUGAACCUCCGAACUACUUAUGUCGGUCAGCCGACUACCACGGAAGCAACUUCUGGAUAUGUCAAAGGCGUUGUGACAUACAUGAUAAUGGAUGAUCUGGAGGUGAAGCCCAUGUCCACCAUUUCAAGCAUCACUAUGCUUAACAGAUUCAAUAUCAAGGAUGUUGGGGCCCUUGAAGAGAAGGUUGUUGAACUUGGCAUGGAUGAGGGUGUGAAGCUGUUGAAGGAGUCUCUGCAGUCCAAAUCUGUCCUAACAAAUGUCUUCCUUGAGAAGAAAGCUGGAUUUUGUACUUUUUCAUGCUAGUCGAAUGUUUAGACUGGAUGAAAACUUUCUUAUGUAAUAUGCUUUUUAAGCAGUGUGCUAGUUGAAUGUUCUAACUACGUGGCUAUCUUUAAUCUGUUAGACAACGAUAAACGUGGUCUAUGCCUACUAUUAUACCAGUAUUGGCUCAACUUAACCAUCCGUUAGGUGUUGAGUUUUAAUCAAAAAAA